AGAUGAUGGCCAACCAGAAUGAGACAAAUAUCUUGGAGUUCUUCCUCGUUGGGUUUCCAGGCCUCCCAGAGAAAUUCUACUCUGUGGUUUCAGCCACCAUCUUCAUGCUUUACAAUAUCUCUCUCUUUGCGAAUGGCAUUGUGGUCAUUCUGAUUAUCCUGAGAGAACAUCUACACCAGCCGAUGUAUGUCAUCAUUGGAAACCUAGCCCUUUCUGACUUACUCUUUGACACGCUAACCUUGCCAAAAGUCAUUGCUAAGUAUUGGUUUGGCGAUGGAUCCUUGUCCUUCUCUGCCUGCUUCAUCCAAAUGUUCUUUGUGCAUUACCUGGCAUCUCUUGAUUCUUUUUUAAUCAUGUUAAUGGCUAUUGACCGAUAUGUUGCCAUAUGCAAGCCCCUUAGGUAUCACACCAUCAUCAGCAACAGAGUGGUGGCCAUUCUCUGCGUAGCUUUCUGGCUCUUUACAGCAGUUAUUGGAUUUAGUAUCACUGCUUUAGGUCUAUGGCUGCCCUUCUGCGGCCCCAACAGAAUCAAGAACUGUUUCUGCGCCCUAACUCCUGUGGUCGUCCUGUCUUGCACAAAUUCUGCGUCAGCCAGGAGGACCGGAUUUAUUAUCGCCAUGAUUGUACAUCUUUGUCCUUUGUCAUUUAUUGUCUUCUCCUACAUCAUCAUUGUGUCAAAGAUCCGCUUUUCAGCCCACCCUCACAAUUGGCAGAAGGCCUUUUACACCUGUACAACACACUGGCUCGUCAUUGGAUUGUACUUCGUCCCUCGACUCAUUGUUUAUACCUAUAAUCAGAUCCAGUUAAUUCCUAAUGCUGAUGUCAAUGUGUUGUUGAUUUGCCUAUACACAUUUGCGCCACACGUUGCCAGCCCUAUUAUAUAUUGUCUUAGAACUGAGGAAAUUAAAAGGACUUUGGGAAAUGUAUUAAAAAGAGCAAUUAGUAAGUAG